UGGAAGGUAUAUAAACCCGACGACAGCUGUGCUUUUGCAAGCAGAAGCAGCAGUCCUGCGAACUCGCUAGAAAAGAUGAAGGCUUUGAUCGUCGUCUCCGUAUUGGCCGUCGUGGUCGGCAUUGCUUUUGCCGGUGGUUUUGGCGGCGGUCACGGAGGUGGCAGCAGCUUCGGAACUGCCAUCAUACUCAAGGGAGGCGGAGGCGGAGGCUUCGGUGGUGGACAUGGUGGAGGUUUCGGCGGAGGUUUCGGCGGAGGCUUCGGCGGAGGAUUUGGUGGAGGCGGAGGCGGCGGCAAGGCAGUCAGUGGACCCACCUACCUAGUGAAAACAGUCCACCACGUCAGCAAGAUCCACGGUGGAGGAGGCCUGAUUGGCGGUGGUGGUGGUGGUGGGUUCGGCGGUGGAAUUGGUGGAGGAUACGGAGGCGGCGGUGGAAUUGGUGGAGGAUAUGGAGGCGGCGGUGGUGGCGGCCAUGGCGGAUGGUGGUAAACCAUAUACGACAGAGGAAUUGGAGCAGGAAGAAGCCUCAUUUGCCAUCAGGGGCGUAACAACAACUCGAGGAGCUGCAGCAGAAGUGGAUUCCCUUCGCUGGAUGUA